UUCGCAAACGGAGCUUCCUUAAUCCUUUAGUCGUUCAGGUUCCUUCCCCCGUCGUCGUCGUCUCUCUCGCCGCCGCCGCCGCCGCCGCCGCCGGAGAAGAUGCACGGCCGGCCUCGGACGGCGCCGAAGCCGGAGGAUGCGGCGGCGUCAGCCGCCAAGGCUCAGAAGCUGAGAGCUCUUCAGUCCCAGUUCCUCUCUUAUCACCACGGCCGCAUAUACACGAAGGAGGCUCUCGACGCCAGCGCGAAGCUCCUGGAGGUCAAUCCCGAGUACUACACCGGUUGGAAUUACAGGAAGCUCGCGGUCGAGCACCGCGUCAAGGAGUCCGAAUCUUCCGCGGAAUCUGUGAGAUCCGUCUUCGACGAGGAACUCAAAAUGGUCGAGAAUGCGCUGAGACAGAACUUUAAAUCUUAUGGAGCAUGGCAUCAUCGAAAAUGGGUGUUGAGCAAAGGUCAUUCAUCCUUAGAUCAUGAAUUACGGCUUUUGGAUCGGUUUCAGAAGGCCGAUCCUCGAAAUUUCCACGCAUGGAAUUACAGGAGAUUUGUGGCAGCGCUGCUGGGCAGAUCCACGGAGGAUGAGCUGCAGUAUACAGAAGAUUUGAUAGGAAACAAUUUCAGUAAUUACUCUGCUUGGCAUAAUCGUAGUAUGCUAUUGUCAGAGAUACUGAAGAGAAAGGAACAAGAGUCAUCUUCUCAAGAUAUCAUAAGCAAGGAGUAUGAGUUUGUACUCAAUGCAUUAUAUACUGACCCUGACGAUCAAAGUGGUUGGUUUUACCAUCUUUGGCUUCUUGAUCAAACAUUCAAAGUCAAGGCUCCUUUGCUUGUGUCUUCUUGGCCUGUUCCUGGAUCUGAACUCAUUGUGUCAGGAAAUGUGUCCCCUGGUGAUCAUCCUUUGACCUCAUUCUCCGAGUUUACUGUUGCUUUGGAAAGAUUUCCUGUUGUCCUGUAUUUCAAUCAGACUGUUGAAGGUGUAAACUCAUCAACAGUUACCAUUCAAUGUACAUUUGUUCAGAAUGAAGAUGUUACAUGGAAGCCACUUUCACCGCAGAAUUCUCGGGCUUCCAAAGUUUGGGUUGGAUAUCUUGAUUUAUCUGGUGUAGAUCAUCAUUCUUCAGCACCCCACACUAUUGAGGUUAAGCUUGGACAUCAUCAGGGCAUCAACUCUUCAAAUGGUCUACAGCUUAGUGUUCCUUUUGAUUUAUCGUUUACAGUAAGUGUAAAGUCCUUGGAAACCCAAUCUUCUAAAGAUGAGAAAGUGGCGUGGGAGGAGGACAAGUUUUAUGCUUGUGAAACGCAUUUGCAAGUAGCCAUUCCAAGUCUUUGUUAUGAUGGAAUAGCAGUGGAGAAUACGUACAAGCCAACGACUUCAGAUUGGCAGAUUGAAACUAUCACUGAAGAGAUAAGUCAAAUUAGAAACUUGUUGGCCAUCUCAGAUAGCAAAAUUGGGAAAAUCACACUGGCAAGACUGUUGAUGGCUCAUGAUGCAAUGUCAUCUCCAUAUGCUACGAAAACUGUUCAUGCUGAAGAAGUUCUUGGGUUAUACAGUGAGCUGAUGAAGUUGGACCCAUCUCACUCUCAAUACUAUAAGGAUGAGAGAAGCUUAGUUUUGUUGCAACAGCUGCUUUCCAGCAGGGGGAUGCUGUUGAGACACUGCUUUUACUACGGAGGCAUCACUUCGUCCAGUACUCAUGGACCCAUAUGUCUACGUCUGAAUAAUCAGUCAAUAUCUCGAAUGGGAUCAUUUGAUAAAUUGUUAUGGGUUCAAAUGCUAGAUCUUAGUGACAAUGAACUCCAUUCAAUUGAAGGACUGGAGGCUAUGCAGCUUCUUCAUUGGUUGAACCUGGGAAGAAACAAACUGCGGAGUUUCACUGCGCUGGGUCCUUUGAGAUGUCUAAAAUCCUUGAAGGUGCUGAAUAUUUCUCACAAUGAGAUAGGGUUACAUUCUAUAGACACCACACGCUACUCGUGCUCUGCUUCUCCCCUGUCCCAUAAUGGAGAAAUUAUUUGGAAUGGUGAUGAAUUUUCCCCCGAAAAUGCCGAUGUGACAAACUAUUGGGAAGCUUUUAUGGUGUUCAAAAGUUUGGAGUUGACACAAUUAGAUAUUGUAGGAAAUGCAGUCGCCAAUGAAAAGUUCAAGUCAUUUUUGCUGAAGGUUCUGCCAAAGCUACAGUUUCUGGAUGGUCAGAAUUUGCAUUGAUACUCAAUUUACUCAGUUACUGACUUUCUUGCCUUUGCCCCUCUUUUCUCUAGGGCUAGUGCAUCUGCCGAUCUCUUUGUUCUUUACUGCGACUCAUGGGGACUUUGCAUUUGUAAUCCAAACAUACCUUCUUCGUUUC